AUGCGCGGGGAAGUCUGCCACCUGCACAUCGGGCAGGCUGGCACCCAGCUGGGCAAUGCUGCCUGGGAAUUGUAUCUUCUCGAGCAUGGUCUGAAGGCUGAUGGCCGUCCUGACCCUGAUGCCAAUGUCGGUGACCCUGGAUCCUUCGAGACCUUCUUUACCGAGACGAGUGGCAACAAACACGUCCCUCGUUCCAUCUUCGUGGACCUGGACCCGUCCCCUAUCGACGAAAUCCGAACUGGCAAAUACCGACAACUCUUCCAUCCGGAACUCUUGAUCAGUGGCAAAGAAGAUGCAGCAAACAAUUAUGCUCGAGGUCAUUACACGGUUGGCAAAGAGCUGGUUGACGACGUGCUGGACAAGAUCCGCCGUGUCGCAGACAACUGUUCGUCCUUGCAAGGUUUCUUGAUCUUCCACUCAUUCGGGGGUGGUACAGGAUCUGGCUUUGGCGCCCUCCUCCUCGAGCGACUUUCAGUCGAUUACGGCAAGAAGUCCAAGUUGGAAUUUGCCGUGUACCCGGCCCCUCAAGUCUCAUCGUCUGUGGUUGAACCCUACAAUGCGGUCCUCUCUACGCACAGCACCAUCGAGCAUGCUGACUGCACAUUCCUGGUGGACAAUGAAGCUGUCUAUGACAUCUGCCGCCGCAACUUGGACAUCCCUCGACCAGACUACGAGCACUUGAAUCGCCUUAUCGCUCAAGUUGUGUCCUCGGUCACAUCGUCCUUGCGCUUUGAUGGGGCCUUGAAUGUCGACUUGAACGAAUUCCAAACCAACUUGGUCCCGUAUCCUCGCAUCCAUUAUCCAUUGAUCAGCUACGCCCCAGUUAUUUCGACGAAGCGCUCCUCCCAUGAGAGCUUCAAAGUUCAAGACCUCACUUUACAGUGCUUCGAGCCUCAAAACCAGAUGGUGGUCUGUGACCCACGUAAUGGCAAAUACAUGGCUGUUGCACUUCUCUACCGUGGUGAUGUUGUUCCUCGCGACACAAAUGCUGCUAUUGCUUCGCUCAAGGCCAAAUCCAGCUUCCACUUAGUUGACUGGUGUCCCACUGGGUUCAAAGUCGGAAUCAACUACCAACCACCUAUGCCUGUUCCCGGAGGAGAAUUGGCAAAAGUUGACCGCUCAGUCAGCAUGCUCUCCAACACCACCGCCAUUGCCGAAGCUUGGAGCCGACUUGAUCACAAGUUUGAUCUCAUGUACUCUAAGCGUGCAUUCGUUCAUUGGUAUGUUGGUGAGGGUAUGGAGGAAGGCGAGUUCUCCGAAGCCAGAGAGGAUCUGGCUGCUCUGGAGAAGGACUAUGAGGAAGUCGCCAGCGACAGCGUGGAGGUCGAAGAUGACGAUGGCGCCGAGUACUGA